AUGCAAUUCUCUGGGCUGGCCCUCACCGCGCUCCUGGCAUUCACCGCCAGCGCGCUCCCAUCCAUCAACCAGGACACAUCGUCCCUCUCCGCCCGUGGCGUCGACGAGUUCAAAAUCCACGUGGUCAACAAGUGCAAGUGGACGAAGCAGUUCGCCCUCUACCAAAUCACCGGCGACUUCCAAAUGCUCGAAAAGUCUACUCCAGUCAACAUCCCCACAGGAGGCACCAAAACCAUCAUGGCCRACUUCCACGCCAUCGGCAUGCGUCUCUCCGGCCACGCCGAGUGGGGAACUGCCAGACAGUGGGAACACAACGCUCUCUUCGAAUUCGGCCACAGCGAGUACAUGGGCGUUCAAGGCACUGCUUACAACCUCUCCCUCAUGAAGGGCAGCGAUGCGGACAUUGGCAUUCGCGUCUUCCCCAUCGCCAACGGCAGAGGAAGUGGGACUUGUCAGGUUAAGACUUGUGCUCCGUGGAAUUGCCCUGCUGCGCAGGGCUGGACUGAUCCGGAUCAAAUCAAUGUCGGGAGCCCCGCGGAUACCGUUUGCUAUCAUGGCAAGACGGACUUUCGUGUUGUUUUCUGUCCCGACAUGUAG